AUGCCGCAAGCGACCCCACCACCGCCAGAACCGGGCUCGCUCGCCUCGCUCCUCCGCCAGACCGAGGCCAUCGUCGUCAGCGCGCCGGCGCGCCUCCUCCUCCCCUCGGCGCGGGUGAACGCCGAGGUCGUCGUUGUGCGGCACACGUCGGGCAGCGUCGUCGAGUCGGGCGUGCUCGUUGUCGUGCCGCCCAAGCCCCGCGCGCCUGCCCGCGUCCUCGCCGCGCUGCCGAUCACGCCGAGCACGACCGCCGCGCUGACGCAGACCCCGCCGUCGCCGUCCACCUCGUUCUUCGCGCAGAGCUCCAAGCCUCACAUUGAGCUCACGCUCACCUCGGGCUCCCGCAAGGCCGAGCUGCAGUUCCCACCCGCAGACUCGGCCAGAGUCCAGGCGCUCAUCCGCGAGAUCCGCAGGGCGGUCGACACGUCAUUCGCACAACCCGCCUCGCAUUCCUGGCUGGCGUUCUAUCCCGAGGUGGAGGGCAGCGCGCCCCCCGCCCCGUCAGACUCGGACGCGUCGCUCGAGCGGUCGUUUGGCGCCCUCGACGCGAGCGACGACGCCAAGGAUGCCAACGAGGCAGAGCUGUAUCCAAACCCUUACACCUUGGGCUUCUCGCGCACGGCGUUCCUCCGCAAGCGCCUCUUUGGCCGCCAGCAAAAGUGGAGUUCGACAAAGCCUGUCUCGAUCCGCGUCGUCACGUACAAUGUCAACAACCGCAUCCCUCCAACUGGCACCAAGGAGCUCGGGCCCGUGGUUGGCUACGGAGCUGAGGACAUCAUUGUGGUCGGUCUGCAGGAAGUCGACCUUCGCAGCUCCGCCCUGUUCGUCUCGCAAGGCAACCAGCGUGCCGAGGCGUGGGAGCAGGCCAUUUACAACGGCCUUGGAGAUAACAAGGAGCAGUACGAGACUGUCGCGUCGAUACAGUACGUCGGUGUGCUGCUGAUCGUGCUCGCCAAGAGCGAGCUCCGCCCCGAGGUCCGCAUGGUGCAGGAGUCUGCUCGCGGCAUCGGCCUCAUGGGCUUUGGUGGUAACAAGGCUGGCGUGGCUGUCCGCCUCAGGGUCCACGACACGACAUUGUGCUUCAUCAACUCGCACCUCGCUGCAUGGAAGGAGUACCUUGAGCGCCGAAGGAGCGACUACAUCCAGCUCCGCACACUGUUGUCGUUCCCCACUCCGACUGGUGUCAACCCUCCGUUGGAAGCCUACCACCCCGAGGACCGUGACCUCAUGAUUGAUGACGCGGAUGUCAUGUUCUGGCUUGGCGACCUCAACUACAGACUCGAGUUGGAAGACGCCGACAUUAGAGCACUCAUCACGACGCAAGACUGGGACACGCUCUUGACCUCUGACCAGCUCCUGACGGACAUUGCCGAUAACAAGUCGUUCAUUGGCUUCUCGGAACCGAGGAUCUCCUUCAAGCCCUCGUUCAAGUAUGUGCACGGCUCGGUCACCCUCGACCCCAAGCGCUCGCCAGCGUACUGCGACCGUGUCCUCCAUCUCAGCCGCGGCACCGCCAUCGGGCCGAAGCAAUACACGUCGCACGAGUUGUUAUGGUCGGACCACUUACCCGUCACCUCAACCUACUCUGUCGACGUUCGCGUUGUGGACGAAGCCAAGCGAGCAGAGGAGCUGGUAGAGUGCCAGUGCGAGCUGGACAAGCUGGACGAGCUGUACAGAGCCAGCCUCGAGGUGAACACAGGCGAGGUCGACUUUGGGCAGGCGUCAUACCGCCGCCUGGUCAAGAAGGAGGUCGUACUCCGCAACACAGGCCGUGUGCCAGCCACCUUCUCGUUCCGCACGCCGUCCCCUGGCAAGCCCAUCUGCAAGCCCUGGUUUUGGCCGUUCCCGGCCGCUGGCGUCGUCGAGAGUGGCCAGGAGAUCACGGUCAUCAUCGAGGCUUACGUCGAUGAGGAGCACGUCGCCGCAUUGACAGGAGGACGGGAUAUGAAUGACGUUCUUGUCCUCCAAAUUGAAGGUGGAAAGGAGUCGUUCAUUUCAUUACAGGCACAGUUCCUGCCCACAAUCGUCGGUCUCCCGCUCGAACUGCUUCCCGAACUCCCCGCCGCCAUCCGCGAGGUCCCAUUGUCGACGCGGAAGGAGCUGUUGAAUCCAAAACAGGAGGAUGAGUCGGACAAGAAGGAUGACGACGAGACCAAGUCCAAGACUAAAGGCACCAAGACUGCCCGCGAAGUCUGGCGUUUGCUGGAGCGUCUAAUGGCCGAGGGUACUGGAGUCGACAAGCUGUGGACAGGGCAAGCAGACCCGACGCAGGUACUGGACAUUAUUGACGCUUUGGAUUCGGGGGCCGAGUCGCUUCCCGGGGAUACUCGCGCUACGGCCCAAGCGCUUCUCCACAUUCUCUACACGCUGCCGACCAAGCUCAUCCCGCCCGAGCAGCGUGCCGAGUGCCAAGCCGUGCAGGAGAGAGACGACGCGUUUGCGGUGGUGGAGCAGGUGGCUGGUGUCCACGGGAACGUACUCAUCGGCCUGACAAGCGUCGUGCGGCUGUGCUCUGGAGGUGAACCGGCGGACGAGGCGACGGUGACAGCGCUGGCGACAGCCAUCUUUGGCGAGCGGCCAGACGGACGCGAAGCCAUGGUUCGAGCGCUCCUCGAGGGGUGACGAAAGGUCAUG